AGUUUACAAGUGAAGCCUGCUUGGAAUGUAUUUUUCAUUGGUGGAGCCAAUGUUAGUGACAUCAGCCAAAGCACUUUUGAUUGGUCAGCUGGUUGCUGGGACUAUAAGGGCUUUCAGUGAGCCAGUUAACCCGAUUUCUGCCGGGAGCGCAAACUUGGAGUCCUGGCUAGCUGAGCGUGCGGCAGUUAUCCCUGGAGAGAAAAGACGCGAGCGGGAGCGGGAUCUGAUGGGUCCUCGCACCCGGGAUGGCCGACGCCCCGCCCAACGGGCCAUUCAGAGGCAAAAUGCACGCUGCUCCGUGCUUCCAAACCUCGGUGCCGCUGGAAUAAACUCUCCCGCCUUUCCCUUAGUUGCCCUUUUAAGUGGGGGCUGCAAGGCGUCGGGAGUAGCACGAGGCACCGGGAGGAAACCUUAGGAUUGGCCGAGGUCCCCGUCUGUAGACACACCUCUCAUGCAAAAAGGGUCCUUCUGAGUGGAAGGAGGAGAAGGUAAACAGAGUUGAAUCACUCUCCCGGCUGACCAAUUGGGGGUGGAAGGGCGGAGGGGGGCUCGCUGGAAGAACCUUUUGCGUGAUGGGCUUCUGCGAAAUUGGUCCUGAGCAGGGCUGUGCUGGAACAUUGAGGAGCCGUAGGCGAGGGGGGAGUGAGUCAGGCAGUGGGCAGAUCCAGCCUCAGUCUGUGCUGCUGCUGCUGCUGCUGCGUAGAGUCCUCACGCUUGGGCUGAUGUUUCAGCACCGCGCCUUCUGAGGACUGUGUGAAUGCGCUGGAAAGCCUCGCGAAGCGGGGGCGGAGAAGCAAACGCGGCGGCGGCGGCGGCGGCUUGGGUGCGCGGAUUGCUGAGCUCUUCCCGUGCUCCUUUCGAUUUUCUUCUUCUUUCCGUCCCCUCGCGGGGUGGGGAGGAGGAGGAGGAGGCGGAGGAGGCGGCGGCGAACAGGGAAAACUCCCUGCUGGUGCUACUUGGAUUACUUGAAACCACCACUCGUGACCCUGUUUUCGGAAGAAGGGAGCCUUAUCCUAGUCCAGCCUCAGAAGCGUGUCCGGGAGUGCAUGACCCACGCGCAAAGCCUCACCGAUUUGGAGUUCUCCGGCGUCCGUGGAGCGGGGGCGCGGGAAACGACGGCGACCGAGGUCAAAAGUGCUUGGUGUCCAUUUCCAACCGCUCCGUGGCACAGUCAGACGUGACCCGAGAAGCCGAGGUCCUGAAGAUGCCCGGGGAGGAAGCCGCCGCCGCCGCCGCCGCCGCCGUCGUGACCAAGGAAAUGAACGACCCCCGGGACGCCUGGAAGGAUUAUUGCACGUUGGUGACCAUCGCCAAAAGCUUGCUGGACUUGAACAAAUACAGACCCCUCCCCGCCCCUUCCAUCUGCAGUGACAGCGUGGAGAGCCCCGAUGAGGAUGUCGGGUCCGACAGCGACGUGACCACCGAGUCGGGGUCGAGCCCUUCCCACAGCCCGGCGGAGGGCCAGGAGGCUGGCCGCGGGCCGGGCGCCCUCGCGCUCCUGCACGGCGGAGGGCCGGCGAAAGGGAAGCUGGCCGCGGAAAAGAGACACAAGUGCCCCUACAGUGGCUGUGGCAAAGUGUACGGCAAGUCAUCACACCUCAAAGCCCAUUACCGAGUGCACACAGGUGAGCGGCACUUUCGCCCGGGGAGGGGGGUGCGGGCGGAGGGGAGG